AUGGCACCUGUAGCUGUCGAAGUCAAGCAGGAGCGAGGGCCGGCCUCGCCUGGCUCCCCCUCUCCCAAGCAUAUCAAAGAUGAAUCCCCGCUUUCAUCGUCAUCUUCACCGCUGACGCCGACCGACCCGACCGCGUCCACGUCGAAACGCACGCUCGAGGAGCAAGAGGAUCUCGAAGCACGCACUCUCUUCCCAAACACCUCGAACCCACCACCGUACAAGAAACGCGUAUGGACGCCUACACUGCACCUCACACAGCCGCCGCAACCGCCGCAGCCCGACCCGCGCACGGUGCAGGAGAUGGCAGCGCAACAAGCGGCAACGGCUCUAGGAUACGAGGGUCGGCGGAUCAAAAAGUUCAUGCAGCGUCGCACUGUCGACUACUUUGGCGCGCUCUCCCACCUCAACACCCGCCAGAUGCUCACAACCACGACCCGGCCGGAUGGGCUGCACGGCGGGGUGUACCCUACUCCGCACGCCAUCCCCAACUUCCUCCUGCCCGCUGGCUACGCCAACUCGUCCACCAGCGUGCCCAAGCACCUAGUGCACACGAGCACCAACAAGAUCCGGUGUCCCGUCAACGUCGUAAAGUGGAUGCCGGACGGACGGCGCGUGCUGACCGGAUCCACGUCGGGCGAGUUUACGCUGUGGAACGGGUUGACGUUCAACUUUGAGACGAUUAUGCAGGCGCACGAUUCGGCGGUGCGCGCCAUGGCAUGGUCCAAGUCCGGCACCUACUUGAUUUCGGCCGACCAGAACGGGACGGUCAAGUACUUCCAGUCGAACCUGAACACGCUGCAGGCGUUUAGUGCGCAUACGGACUCAGCGCGCGGGUUGGCGUUCAGCCCGGACGACAGCAAGUUCGCUUCUGGCGGCGACGACAGUCUGUUGAAGAUCUGGGACUUUGACUCGGCCAAGCAGGUGCGCGAGCUGACGGGCCACGGCUGGGAUGUCAAGUGUCUCGACUGGCACGCGAGCAAAGGGCUGCUGAUCAGCGGGAGUAAAGACAAUCUGGUCAAGGUGUGGGAUCCACGCGCCACACCGAGCGGCACGUGCCUGGCGACGUUCCACAACCACAAGAACACGGUGCAGGCGUGCAAGUUCUCGCCGGACGGGUUGCGCUUUGCCACGGCCUCGCGUGACAUGACGGUCAAGCUGUACGACCUGCGCAUGAUGGCCGAACAGACCACGCUCAAGGGCCACAACAAGGAGGUGUGCAGCCUGGACUUCCACCCGCUGCACCACGACUUACUCGUGUCCGGGGGCAGUGAGGGCUCGAUGCUCUUCUGGGACCUGAGCGGCGCGACGGGCGAGGCGCUGAGCGCGGCGAACUGGGGCGAGAGCAGGAUGGUCGGCGGCGGCGGCGAAGGCAUGGAUGUGGGCGAAGGCAGGAAGAGUGGCGACGAGUAUCUGGUUUACCGCAACGAGGGCGCACACGAGAGCAACGUAUGGAGCUUGGAGUGGCAUCCGUUUGGCCAUCUGCUGUGCAGUGGGAGCAACGACCACAUGACGCGCUUCUGGCAGCGCGCGCGUCCCAACCAGGCAGUCGCGCAGCACUCGGCGGGUGGCGCAGCAGCCUUCGACCCCACCGCUGCCGGCACCUCGUUCCUCGCCUCCACUGCCACCGCCGCGGGCGACGACAGCUUCAUCCCCGGCCUCGGCGCCGCACGCACCUUGAUCCCCUCCACCGCCACCAAUCACGCCAACGAGCAGCACCCCGCACAGGUACACGCGCACGACGACGUUGCCAUCCCCGGCCUCGGCUUUGGCUUUGCCAACGCUCCCCCUCCCCCUCCCACGCAGCCGUAUUCGGGGGCGGGAGCAGCAGUGCGCACCGGCUUCACCCCAGGCACCGGAGCAAACGCCCCGCUCCAGGGCGGCGCGGCUAACCACAACUACGGCUGGAACUCGCGCACCGGCCCCGGCCCCGGCGCCGCGCAGCCCGCCAGACCCGGCGGCUCCUACGGCUCGUUCUACUAG